AUGAGGAUUGACCAUCGACUCUGGUUCUUCACACUUGCGAAUCUAGUAUCUAUUAUUCCAGCAUGUCUUCAUCACUUUCAGACCACGGUGAGGACAGAUGACAUUCAAGCGCAGACGCUUCAACGCCGAACAUCACCUGUCGCGACAAAAACGGCAAUCCAGAAUGUCCGUGUAUUUGAUGGUCAAGGGUUCACAGCUCCGCAAUCCGUCAUAUUUGCGAAUGGCCACAUCACAGCGGACGCCAAGGAUAUCAAGACCACGGUAAAUGGCAACGGGAAGUUCCUCAUCCCAGGGUUGAUCGAUGCCCACGUCCACGUGCAUGAUAUCGCUGGACUCGUCGACAUCACGUCUUACGGCGUCACGACUUUAUUCAACAUGGCAUGCACUGACUACACAGCUUGUGCCGCACUAAAGAACAACAACUGGACAGAUGUUGCCUCGCUUCUUUCAGCAGGAGCAGUGGCUGUAGGGAACGGUUCUGGAAAUGGUGCCCUGCAACCACCACUAGAUCAGCUCGUCUACCCCGACACAGACCUACCUCAACUAGUGAUCUGGGCUUUUGGAAACGGCAGCGACUAUUACAAAAUCAAAGCAAAUUUUGGAGGUAUAUCACAAGCGCAGCAAGACAAACUCGUGUCAACGGCACACAAUGUUUUCGGCCAGCAAACCAUGACUCACGCCUCUGACAUUGUAUCUUUCGAACAAGCUGUGGUAUCGCGAACCGAUGGCAUACAGCAUAUCCCAGACGACGGACUAUUAUCAAGCUGUACUAUCGCUGCUAUCAAAAAGAACAAGCAGUUUGUGACACCCACAAUGAGCAUUUUCAACUACGGAUACAGUAACCCCGCGGUCUUUGCGUUCCUCGGUCGGACGAACAGCACCAACGCAACAUAUGCUCACGUGGAAGAGAAUGUGAGAAGACUUCACAGGGCUGGCGUGCCUAUCCUCGCUGGUACGGAUGCCGUCGGUACUGUCGCCCCCGGUCUUGACCUUCCGUUUGGGAGUACACUACACGAGGAGCUGCAGCUGCUGACCGGCGUGGGCCUCACAUCGCUUGAAGCGCUGAGAGCGGGGACGAUCGAAACCGCGAAGUGGCACAGGCUGCUCGAUCGGGGUGAAAUCAGUGUCGGGAAGCGCGCUGAUCUGGUGUUGCUUAACUCGGAUCCACUUGUGAAUAUCUCGAAUACACGAGAUAUAGCCAGGGUCUGGGUUGGCGGCGUGGAAGUUCAGCAUGUAGUAAACCUUGGCUGA